UCCUAAACAUCAAGAUUAAUCCUGAUAGUUUAUAAAUAUAUUGUCUUCCGCACUCAGUUCAGGUUUCUCCAGGACUUGAACUUCAGAUGUGUUUGUAAUGGGAUGUUCCGCUUCAUUUCAUCAUCGUGGAACAACCAAGAACCGGUCUCCAAUAUCAGUUUCUUUAGGAUUGAAAAAUCUCUCUAUUCCUUUGAGUCGCAAAACUAAAAUCACUUUGAAGGAAUCUUGGAAACUUGUUGAGCCUGUUAAAUCCGAGGCGGGAAAGGCAAUGUUUAUGAGGCUUUUUGAGACACAUCCAAACAUCCAAGACACGUUUCCAACAUUCAAAGGCGUCAGCUUAGACGAGCUGAUGAACUCUCGAUCUUUGUAUCUCCAUGCCAAGCGAGUUAUGGCUGCUGUUGAAAAUACUAUCAAUGCAUUAGAUGAUGGUGAGGUGUUAUUGGAGAGUCUUACAAGCCUGGGACGAAGACAUCAAGUUUGGUUUGUCAGGGAGGAACAUUUUAAGGUCGUUGGUGAAGCUCUAUUAUGGACAUUACAGGAUAUGCUCGAUACAAAAUGUACGAAUGAAGUUACACUGGCUUGGACAGAGUUGUAUAACUUCAUAACUAAAACGAUGUUACGUGGAAUUCUAAAUAAUAACGUAGAUAAAUGAAUAAACAAUUGUCUAAAUACGGAGAUAAAGGAGUGAUUUGCACGCAGUAUAUCUAUCACGAAUUAUAUAAUAAGCCCAGUUAUACACGCAUUCUGA